CAGGAAACCCUAUUUGCAGGGGAGAAAUUUUAAUUUUUAAACAUUUCCAUUUCCUCCCAUUUUCAUUCAUUCCCCGCCGUUUGUUUCACAUUUUCUUUCUGCAUACAACCCCAACUAAACCCUUCAAAAGUUUCUUCUUUUUCAGCUCUUUCUUUCUUUCCAAACACCAAAAAUCUCCUUUUGUUUCCUUCCCUUUCUCAAAGCUGCUCUCUUUCUGUGCUUCGUUCGAUCGUUUCUUAUCAUUUUACUCUUCAAUCUUCAAUUUAGAGUCCUGAUUUUUUGUGGGUUGAUAGUUUUUACGUCUAUUUGGGAGGACUAAAUCAAAGUUCUGAAACUUUGAUUUUGGACUCUUGUAGAGGUAGCUCUUUCUGGAGUAGAAACCAUGGGGAAGCCCACUGGAAAGAAGAAAACUCAAGUGGCAUCAAAAUCUAGUGAUGCAAAUGUGAAACAUGGUAAAUCUGUUCCAGAGCGUACCUCUAAAGCGAUCGAUGAGGACACUGCUGUAUUCAUCAGUAUGUCUCAAGAAUUGAAGGAAGAAGGAAACAGGCUCUUUCAGAAACGUGAUCACGAGGGUGCUAUGUUGAAGUAUGAGAAGGCUCUCAAGUUGCUUCCCGGGAACCAUAUUGAUGUUGCCUAUUUGCAUACUAACAUGGCUGCUUGCUAUAUGCAAAUUGGCCUUGGCGAAUACCCAAGAGCAAUAACUGAAUGCAACUUGGCGCUUGAAGUUGCUCCAAAGUAUAGUAAAGCUUUGUUGAGGAGAGCCAAGUGUUACGAGUCAUUGAAUAGGCUUGAAUUGGCUUUAAGAGAUGUGAACCGUGUUUUGAGUAUUGAACCAAAUAAUUUGGCUGCAUUGGAGAUUGCAGACCAGGUUAAAAAGGCAAUGGAAGAGAAAGGUCUGAAAAUUGAAGAACUAGUAUUACCCCAAGAAUCUGUUGAGCCCCCUACUGAUCCAGUUUCUACCAAGGUUGUGAAGGAUAAGUCGAAAAAGAAGAAGAGCAACAAAUUUGAGAGAAAGAAAGUUUUGGAAGUUGAGGAAAAGAAGGUUGAGGAGGUCGGAGAAAAGAAGGCUGAGGACAAGGUGGUUGUGGAGGAGAAGAGAAGUGUUAAGGAAGAAAAGAUGGUGACGAGAACGGUCAAAUUGGUACUCGGGGAGGAUAUUAGAUGGGCACAAUUACCAGUUGGUUGCAGUAUUAGACUGGUGAGGGACAUAGUUCUAGAUCGAUUUCCAAACUUGAAGGGUGCACUUAUCAAGUAUAGGGAUCAAGAAGGUGACCUGGUUACUAUCACUACUACUGAUGAGCUUAGGUUGGUUGAAUCAUCUGCUGGUUCUCAGGGUUCUUUAAGACUCUAUGUUGUAGAAGUUACUCCAGAUAAAGAACCUGCAUACGAGGGAAUGAGUGGUGAAGAAGAUGUGAACUCCAGCAGUAACAAAUCAACUAUAGUCACAGAGGAUGGACAUGUUGAGAAAGAAAGGGAACUGAAUAAAGGGACAACUUGUGUUGAAGACUGGAUUGUCCAAUUUGCAAGGAUUUUCAAGAAUCAUGUCGGCUUUGAUUCCGACUCAUAUCUGGAUCUUCACGAGAUAAGUAUGAAACUAUACUCUGAAGCUGUAGAGGACACUGUUACAAGUGAAGAAGCACAAGAGCUUUUUGAAAUUGCUGCAGCUAAGUUCCAAGAGAUGGCAGCUUUGUCUUUGUUUAAUUGGGGAAAUGUUCAUAUGUCCAGAGCAAGGAAGCGGGUAUACUUUACUGAAGAGGGUUCUCGGGAGUCUAUAUUGGAACAGGUUAAAUCUGCAUAUGGAUGGGCAAAAAAAGAAUAUGAAAUGGCAGGAAGUAGGUAUGAAGAAGCUCUUAGGCUCAAACCAGAUUUCUAUGAAGGCCUUCUUGCAGUUGGUCAACAGCAGUUUGAACAAGCAAAACUCUCCUGGUACUAUUUGAUUGGAAGUAAAGUUGAGUUAGAGACAGGGACAUGUGCAGAGAUCUUGGAGCUUUAUAACAAGGCUGAGGAUAGUAUGGAAAGAGGAAUCGAAAUGUGGGAAGAGAUGGAAGAACAGCGUCUUAAUGGACUCUCCAAAAAUGAAGAAUAUAAAGCACUGUUGCAGAAAAUGGGAUUGGAUGAUCUACUAAAAGAUAAACCGGCUGAAGAAGCUGAAGAGCAGGCUGCAAACAUGAGGUCCCAGAUUUACCUCUUAUGGGGUACCAUACUCUAUGAACGGUCCGUGGUGGAAUUUAAGCUGGGAUUACCAACUUGGGAAGAAUGUUUGGAGGUUGCAAUGGAAAAGUUUGAGCUAGCUGGAGCAUCUCAAAUUGAUAUCGCGGUUAUGAUAAAGAACCACUGUUCCAAUGAAACUGCUCUUGAAGGUUUCAAGGUUGAUGAGAUAGUACAGGCAUGGAAAGAGAUGUAUGAUACUAAUAGGUGGCAGACUGGGGUGCCAGCUUUCAGGCUAGAACCAUUAUUCCGUCGUCGUAUUCCGACCCUCCAUACUGUCUUGGAAAAUCUUUAAGUUGAUAUAUCUUUGAUGAUCAUUGCAUAGGAGCAAAGGAUAUUUGCAUUACCUCUUCAAUUUUGUGUGGCUAUUGUUGCCAAGUCAAUAGGUUUUUUUUUGUGAAUUAUUUCUUCAUGGUCAGUUUUUUGCUUCGGGAGCAAAGAACUGAGUGUAACAAGCACUCUGUUGGAUUUUGAAGACACUUUUUUUCCAUAGAUGUGAUUGUGAAGGUCUCUGUAUCAUUCAUUGGUUUUUUGGUUUUGGUCAUUCUUCAUCACAAAGCCCACCCAAAGUAGGGUCCUUGUGAUUUGCAUUAUUUGCAUUCAGUUUUGGAGUAUAGCAUUAUUUGUAAGAUUGUUGUUGUCUGAAAUAGAAAGUUAUAUGUUCAUUUGUCUCAUUCAUAGACAGAAUAUGUACAAUUGUUUGUUAGAGAUGCUCCUUUCUAUAUUACCUUUUCAAACUAUGUA